CUUCAGUAACAGCUUCCACAGUUAUCGCGAUUUACGCUAGUCAGUCAGUAAGCGGACUGAUAUUGUGGCGGUACGAACAAAACGGUCGGCAGAUAUUUUCUGUGUUUACAACACGCGUUUUCGGUACUACAAUACCGAAUAGACAGAGCGAACUUUCGUUUUUCGGUACUUAUAUUUUUUCAAUCAUAUUUGAGUGCAUUUACAGUUUCUCAACUUAAUUUCUUUUGAAGAUAUAUAUCGCCGUCGAUAGCAAUUAUGGCCGAGUGGGUUAAUGGCGUAAUUAGAAGUCGACAGGAAAGUACCGACAGCUUGGAUUCCUCAUCUACUAGAACGAAUACGGAUGAGAACAGCGAGGAUUAUUCGGAUUCUGAAGACAACAAUAAGGAAGACAGCUACGAAAUUGACGAUUUUUCCAUCAUAAAAACCAUCGGUACCGGUACGUUUGGUAGAGUACUCCUAUGCAAAAAUAAGGCCACUGAUGAAUAUGGAGCAAUGAAAAUCCUUUGUUUGGCUGAUGUGAUAAGAUUAAAACAAGUGGAGCAUGUGAAAAACGAGAAGAAUAUUCUUAUGGAAAUCAGAUAUCCUUUUAUAGUUAAUUUAUUAUGGGCUAGCAGAGACGAUGCGUGUAUCUACAUGCUCUUCGAAUACGUCUGUGGAGGUGAACUUUUCUCCUACCUCAGAAACGCUGGCAGAUUUACCACAAGCACUGGAAACUUCUACAGUGCUGAGAUAGUGUCAGCCCUGGAAUACCUCCAUGCCAAAAACAUCGUUUACAGAGACCUGAAGCCUGAAAACCUCCUAUUGGAUAAGGAGGGCCAUUUGAAGAUCACCGAUUUCGGAUUUGCCAAAAAACUGACUGAUAGAACGUGGACGCUGUGUGGUACUCCGGAGUAUUUAGCACCGGAAAUCAUUCAGAGCAAAGGCCACAAUAAAGCUGUUGAUUGGUGGGCUUUAGGUGUAUUAAUAUAUGAAAUGUUGGCUGGAUACCCGCCAUUUUAUGAUGACAAUCCUUUUGGGAUAUAUGAGAAAAUUUUGAGUGGAAAGAUAGAAUGGGCAAGACAUAUAGAUCCCGUUGCCAAAGACAUUAUCAAAAAGUUACUGGUACAAGAUCGGACCAAACGACUAGGAAAUAUGAAGAGUGGAGCUGAUGACGUCAAAAGGCACAGGUGGUUCAAAGGCAUUGAAUGGCAAGAUGUAGUCCACAGGAAGCUAACGCCGCCUAUUGUACCAAAAAUUAUGUACGAAGGGGACACCAGCAACUUUGACGAUUACCCAGAGACCGACUGGAAGAGUUCGAGGACACUAGAUGAUUCAGAACUGAAGUUGUUCGAGGACUUUUAAGCUGUCUGUUCAUGUUUUGUACAGUGUAUUGAGUUUGCCAUUGAUUUUUUAUGAUGAUGUGCCUUUUUCCAUAAAAAAAGUGUUUUGGCGUAUAGAAAUGGAACCAGAGAAUAUUAUUUAUCGAACAGUACAUGUAUAAAUAAAUUGUAUUAGUUAAUUAUUUCAAGUAAUUAGUACAGGGUGCCAUGAUAGUUCCCAGCGAAAAACUAGUUACGCCACUGGCAUUGGCUCAUAAACAAGAAACCCUGUAAAAUACAUUGUACAUAAUUAUUAU